CCUCCCCGAAGAGCAACGACUCCAGCAACACGGUGUUCGCCUCAACUCCCAUCAACAACCGAAGCCUUCACAUCACCGCAACUGUUGUCUACGCGGCGCUCCCCUGUGUGGACUGCUUCUUAUAACCUUCUUUGUACUUUUCUUAACCAAUCCUUCUCCUUGAGAACCGUCUAGUCUUUGAAAAUGGCCACAGAACUUUGUCCCGUCUAUGCGCCCUUCUUCGGUGCCCUUGGUUGCACCUCGGCCAUCGUUUUCACCUGCUUCGGUGCCGCCUAUGGAACCGCUAAGGCCGGUGUCGGUGUCUGUGGAAUGGCUGUCCUCAGACCCGAUCUGAUCGUCAAGAACAUUGUCCCCAUUGUCAUGGCGGGUAUCAUCGGUAUCUACGGUCUGGUCGUGUCCGUCCUGAUCGCGAACGACCUGGCACAGACAGUUCCUCUAUACACCGGAUUCAUUCAGCUGGGAGCAGGUCUCGCUGUCGGUCUUGCUGGUCUGGCAGCUGGUUUUGCCAUCGGUAUUGUCGGUGACGCAGGUGUCCGCGGAACAGCCCAACAACCCAGGCUCUAUGUCGGCAUGAUCCUUAUUCUCAUUUUCGCUGAAGUUUUGGGUCUUUACGGUCUCAUCGUUGCCCUUCUCAUGAACUCGCGUGCCAAGAUCGAUGCCAAGUGCUAAGUCAUAUUCGACAAUCAUUGUGCGAGGACCUCCAAUUAAUCCUCUUCGCACACAGUAUAUUGGUUUAGAUUGGUUAAUGUGACAUGGUAAACGCCUUGCUUUCUGGUAGCGAACGUUUUUCAUAUUGUCACGAGAGCCAAGAUAAACAGCAGCUGAACGGGGCGAGGAACUUUGGCUUAUCUUUCAACUGUCAAGAGUUAUGGUGCUUACAUACAGGCCGAGGCUGUAUGGUAGGAUGGGUGGGUCGUCGUGGUAGAUACAA